GUCGACGUGGAGUACCAUCUUAGCGAAGAUCCUUCAAAUUCACCAGAGGACCUAACCGUGUUAACGCUAAUUUGAAGUAGUUGUAGAAGCUGCGUCCAAUAUGGCCUUGUUGUUGCGCUGUUGCGGUAGCUCCAAGCCAGCUUUGCGCGCUUCGGAAUAUGAACUCCAAAAGUUGUAUCGUACUAGUAGUUAUUGCAAUACAAGUUAGCUCAGCACGACAAAGAGAAUUUGUCAUGCUGUUUUACCUUGCGAUGGAGAUUUGUAAUGCAUGGUUGCAAUUACUACGAGUACGAGUACGAUACUUUUGCACAGGAUACGGAAGUCGACCGGUCGACAAUCAAGCAAACCGAGCUGUCCGUAUGAGAGUGCACAACCCGUACUCGCCCACCCCCUCAUUUGGAGGGCAUCAUGGGGAGCAAUACAAACACCAAUACAGAUGGAUGUUGUGCAUGACAACUUCAUCAUGCGUGGUUGACUCUAGUACUGUUUGGCCUUGUUGUUCUAGAAUUUCAAUUUGUGAUGCAAAGAGGGACGGGAGUUGUGCGCUCUCAUAGCCCGCGGCACUGGUCGCGAAGAUUGAAGAAAGCUUCAAAAAAAUCGACAAGGAUAUCCACAACAGAUUUUCAGAUAAGUCGCUUGAUUGCUACAUACAUCUUAGUCUUACCAUGCUCGUCGUCGACCUGGUUCUGCUUGCAUCAACCUCCAAGAACUACACCAGGACAAAAUACAUUUGCCCCUGCUCAGGGGAAACAAAGACAAACGCAAACACUAACUACAUCAGAAGCCGCUGCUGUUCGAUGUUUCGUCAUGAUUUCUGUAUUAUAAUACAUAGGCAAGCACAACUACAACUAGUAUCUGAAUUCUGACGACGGGAGGUUGGUAUUGCUAUUGGUAGGCAAGAUCAAGAAGCGGCUUUUCUGUUGGAUAGAAAACGGCAGUGGCGAAGUAGAAAUCGACGAAGCAGUGAAAGUGUUCAAAAGGUACAAUUUGCUGGACGCGAUGAAGAACAAUUUGUCAUGCAAGGCUCGGAUACAGAAAUAAAAGGCCUGUCAUGCUGAACUACCCAACAAUAUCUUCCAAAGGUUUUCCGGGGCUGCGGCGAAAAAGAUGCUUUCCGAUAUGGACGAGAACAACGAUGGAAGGAUAAGUAAGGACGAAUGGGUGCUGUAUUUCAAAUAUGCAUUGCAAAAGUAACGUACGAGUACGGAGUUGUUCGUGGUCCUAUAACCCUAAGAACAUCACAAGAAAUUUUGAUGAUGCAAUGUGUUUCAGCAGGUAGUUCAUGAGGAAAGAGACCAAAUCUCUCUGUCAUGCAGCAAAAAGAAAAAGUAAAAACCUGCAACAUCAUCAGUACAAACACGAUACUUUUUCGAAGAAUAGCAAACGCGUAGUCGGCACGGGGGACUACACAGAGCAAGAUGUGGACGACGAGGUACUAUAGAAAAGAAAAUUUUUUUUCUCAUGCAUGACAUGAAUUGCGCAUGCAGUUUGAUAUCCAAGUUCUGCAUGACAGAUUUUCAAAUCGAAAAACCUCCAAAACAUAUUACAGAUCGGCGAGUUCAUUGACGAGGGGAUGGCGUUAUCCUGUGCGAAAGUUUCGUACUCGUAUUGCAGUCAUGCAUUGCAAAUCUUUUCCUUAAGGUGCAUUCGCAUCACAAAUUUCAUUUCUCAUGCUGAGGAAAUUUGUAAUGCUUUUAUACGAGUGCGAUACUUUUGCAGUUCAUAGGCGUUUUCGUUCCAAGUGGAGGGCCUGAAGCAAACCAACAAUGCGGAAAUCGCGCAUGUAAAAUGAACAAAGAGUCAGUGCUAUCCUGAGUAAAAACGUACCCACACCAGAGUCAAGAUGGGGAAUCGGCUAGACAAAUCCACGAGUUUUGGCUUUUUUGCAUGACAAAUUUGGAUUCGUAGUAUAGUGCUGUUUCAGCUAGCUCAGCAGCAUCACAGAUCUAGAAUACCAUGCUGAUUGGAGCAUGACAAAUUGCAAAACACGACUAGAAAAUGCUUCUCAUGGAGCUCCGCAUGAGAAACAUUUUCAGCAUGCAGAUUUGCAUUACAACUCUGGCGUGGGUACGUUUUUACUCAGGAUAAGUGCUCAGCAGGACGAGGAGGACCGCACUGUGAAGUCAAGUUGUAUUAUUGAGACGAAAAAAAAUAAAAUGCAAAAUUUACGGAUUAAUACGGAAAAUACUAUCUGUAUGUCCUCUUUCCACCACCUAAACCUAUCGAGUUUCACCACCAAAAAUAAGCUCAGUGUGGUCUUUACAUCAUAUCUAGUGCCUCCUCUUCUCGACAGUUGUAGAGACAAACGACCCAGAAGAUAUCCUGCAGUUUGAUGAAAUUUGAGUACAGAAGAUUCUGCUACUCAUCAAAUCAGGUGCGCCUUACUUCUGUAGUUCUAGUUUCACCUCCGCGUCUAGGACAAGGACCCGAACCCGAAAAAUAACUUACGAACAAAACGACCUAAAAAAAUUUGUCCGUACACCGGAACUAGUAGUAGUACUAGGCCGGUGAUUGAAAAAGAACUUUAUAUGUACCUACUUGAGUUAUAUACGCUCGAAGUGCUUCUGCGUACCAACCUCUCAAGCAGAAGAAAAAUCGAACGAAAUUCGCCCUGAAAGUAGUACCUGUACCAAAAAA